AUGCGUCCCCUCUCAGCAGCGGCCCUACUCAUAGGCGCCCUCAUCCCCAGCUUCGUCUCCGCCGCCGCAUACCACUCCUCGCCCACCGCCCACCCCGGAACAUGUGCCUGGAAGCCCCUCGGCUGCUACAGCGACUCGUCGCGGCGGCUGCUGCGCGCAAAGAGCUUUGUAGAUGAUGGUGGAAUGACGGUUGAGAAGUGCUUAGCCAAGUGUGACGGGUUUGAGUACGCCAUGGUGGAGUAUGGGCGGGAGUGCUAUUGCGGGAAUGAGCUGUUUAAGAGUGGGGGGUUGGGGCCGGUGCGGAGUGAGGAGUGUGGGACUGGGUGUGGAGGGGAUGGACGGACGGCGUGUGGUGGCGACUGGAGGGGGAACUUGUACCAGAAGACCCACGCGAGUUGCUCUGGCAACGGCAGCAGCGGCAGCGGCAGCGGUGCGAGCUGUGCGGCGGUCACAGUGACAUCGGUGCGGGAGAGCGUGAAGACAGCGACUGUGACGGCGGUGGCGGUGACAAAGACGGCUACAGCACCGGCGGUGACGAGGACGGUGACAGCGGCCGGCGGGGGGCGCGUGGUUACGGUUACGGUUACGGGGCCGGGGUCAACGGUUACGAAGCCUGCGGUCACAGUUACAAAGCCGGCUGUUACAGCCACUGGGUCGGCGGUGACGAUCAAGGAGUCGGUAACGGUCACUGAAGCGGCGGUUACGGUUACAAGACCUGCAGUAACGGUAACUGAGGCGCCGAUUACGGUCACGAAGCCGGCGGUGACAGUGACAGAGGCGGUCACUGUUCCGGGGGCUGCGGUAACGGUCACUAGUGAGGUGGCGGUGGCGGUUACGAAGGACGCGGUGACGGUUGCGGAGGCGGCGGUCACAAUUACACAGCCCGCAGAAACGAUUACGCAGGCUGCAGUGACGGUCACAGAAGCCGCAGUGACGGUCACAGAGCCGGCGGUAACAGUAACGGAGCCUGCAAUUAUAGUCACCCAGCCCGCAGAAACAGCUACACAGGCAGCGGUCACCAUCACAGAAGCCGCAGCUACGGUUACUGAACCCCCAGUAACAAUUACACAGGCCGCAGUAACAGUUACAGAGGCUGCAGCUACUGUCACUCAACCCGCAGCAACAAUCACAGAGGCCGCGGUGACGGUCACCCAGCCGCCGGUAACAGUCACAGAGGCGGCGGUAACAAUCACCGAACCCGCAGCGACACUGACACAGCCUGCAGAAACAGUUACGCAGCCCGCGGUGACGCUCACUGAGCCCGCAGUAACAGUCACAGAGCCGGUAGUGACCAUCACGCAGGCGGCAGUAACAAUCACAGAGCCUGCGGUUACAAUCACGCAGACGGUAUCUUUGCCUGGUGCUGUGACUUCAACUACGGAGACGAGCGCUACCGAGACUUCUACCAGUACGGCAUCGACAGAGUCUACUACUACAAGUCCAAGUGCAACAGAAACCUCUACGAGUACGACAUCUACAGAGCCUUCUACUACUAGCACGACCUCAACAGAGACCUCCACGAGCACUACAUCGACGGAAACCUCUACAAGUACGACAUCUACAGAGACGAUUACCAGCACGACGUCUACAGACACUUCUACAAGCACAACAUCAACAGAGACGACCACUAACACUACCCCAACAGAGACCUCUACGUCCACGAUCUCCACAACAAGCACGACAUCCUCAGAGACGUCCACCACUCCUGCCCCUGCCCCCACCACACCCUCAACCACCGAGACACCCCCACCACCGACCACCACCGCAGCCCCCGUCUGCGCCUACCCCACCCCCGUGCAGAACCCCAGCUUCGAAGACACAUCCGCCUGGGGCGUCGGCUCCAUCAGCAGCGCCCUGGGCGUCAUGACCAUCACCAACGGCGCCUCCAAGAGCGGCACCCACUUCAUGCGCAUGCGUCUCCCGCGCACCGCAUCCGCGGGCAGCAUCAUCGAGCUCACGCAGACGCUCACGGUCUGCGCGGGGGCCACGUACAGCUUCAGCGCGUGGAUACAGGUGCCGAUCUCGGCCAGUGCGUGUACGGCGGCGUUUUAUUUGGGGGGCCCGGCGGUCGCGGCUAGGGGCGCCUCGGCGAGCGCGACGUGGCAGCAGGUGACGGCGGCGUGGCAGGCGGGCGCGACGCAGACGGCGGUGGUGUUGACGGUGAGGGUGGUGUGUGUGGGGACGGUGCCGGCGGGGAGUUACAAGGAUUUGUAUCUGGAUGAUGUUACGUUGACGUUGGUGUAG